AUGAAAAGACUCCUUAUUUUUAAAAAGAUUGUUCUUUAUAUCAAAAGUUACACACAAUCACAGAAACAACCUAUAGGAUUACAAAUUCCAGCAGAAACAGGAAAACUGUCAACUAUUUUUCGCGAAAAAUGUAAACCAAAACAAAUGUUAAGAAAAACCUCAGAGGCAGCCCCAAAGACAUCAACUCAUUCUCUAUAUUUCACAAUGAAACAUUUUCCACGCUUUCAUUAUAUUUACAAUCUAAUCAGAGAUUGCAAAUCUCGUACAGAGAAGUGUGCAAAUGGGGAAGUUAAGUUAGACAAAAUGUUUAAAAACGUCUUCAUCGAAAUUGUGAUUAUUGGAAGUUUUACGGAUGACGAUCUCCACCUAUUAACGAAAAGUGCAGAGAAAAAAAGAAUGCCAAAAGGCAAACACAUCUGGAAAGUAAAACCACUUGUUUGCUUUGCAAAUGAUUUUUUCUCCGAAUCAAAUAUAAAGAAAAGUGAUUUGGAUCGAGAAAAUACCUGCCAUAAGAUACUCAUAAAAUCCGAUACAUUUUGUGAUAAAAUAGACAAGACAGAUGAUUCCAUUAUCAUCGUGGAGAGGAACAAAGAGCAAAUAAAAGAAACAAUUACCUCUUGUUUGGAGGAACCGCUACAUUUGUUGCUUCAAGAAUUGUUGAAAGUCCUCGAAACUAAAGGUUCAAGCAAACUUGCAUCGGGGCUUUAUGCUGAAAUAGAGGCUAUCCAAAAACAACUGGAAUCUUGCACUAUCAAAGACAGCGAUGUUUCUCAUGUUUUACGCAGCGCUGAUGCAAGUUCCAUUGUUCCAGACAAUAUAAUAGACUUUCUAUUCAGAAACCCCGGGGUACACUCUUUUGGAAUUUGGUGGAAUUCCUCAUUCAAAGUUUUUGUAAAUGAGACUGAUGUAAAAAGAUUGCGGGAUGACUUGACAAAGAUGAACCCUUCCUUUUUUACCAAAUAUAAAAUGGAAAUAGAAACUGGAAAACUUAAAGACAAACUAUUGCAUCUCAUGCAAGGCGAUGAAAUUCAAGCGAAGAUACCAAAUGAACAAAAAUUUCACGCAGGUACACUGGGCGGAAUUGUCACAAAAGCUGACGACGAAAAAAAGAAAUAUGCAUUGACUUGUCACCAUUUAUUUCCCGAGGUAGGCGAACGUGCAUACACCGAAAAAUUUGAAGAUAUAGGAGCCUGUUUGUAUACAACAAGAGAAAAAUCUUGUGAUUUUGCUGCGAUUGAAAUUGACAAGUCGUUCUCAGAAAAAUGCAAUGAAACCUUUCAAAAUGAAGACAGGAAAAUAACCAAUGCACGACUAUUUUCAGAAAGUGUAACAAAUGUGGGUAUCGUUCAUAAAAUAGGAGCCGCCACGGACGUGACAAAGGGAAGAAUUAUUAGUUCCGAAUAUUAUGAUAAGUUAUUUGACGAUAAAAAUAGGGGGCAUGUUUUUCUUGUAAAGGGAAUUCAAGGAAACUUUUCUGAAGAGGGUGAUAGUGGAUCGCUUGUUUUUACCAGAUCGAAGGAUGCGCAACAAACCUGCGUAUAUGUCUUGGGUAUGGUAUACGGCAAUAAAGUCACAGUGUAUGAUGAUGAUGAUGAUUAUAAUGAUGAUGCUGGUGAGCAAAAAUAUAAAAAUGAGGAUGAUAACGAAAGCUUAAACGCGUUUCCUUCUAGCGAAAGCGAUAACGCAGCCUCAAAUGUCAAAGAAGGUGAAAAUAUUUCUAGCUGUUACCGAAUUCAUACUGCUCUUGAACUUUUCAAAGAGAACCAAGGCGAGGAAGUUAAGUUUAAGGACGAUUUGUCGUUAUCAUCGCCUUCAACAUCACCUGAAAUGUCGUCAGAAUCUGACAAUUCAAAUGAAGAACCAUCUCAAUAAAAAAGGAGACUCAGUUUCUAACCAUAAAAGGAGCAUCGCUUAUUCGAGAAUUAUUUUGAAAUUGGUUUUAAGUGUAAUAAGAUAUUCUAGCUGAAAGCAGAAAGCACUGAACAAAUUAAGCAAAACGUUUAAUUACGUUGUUUGUAAAAGCUUAUUUGCUGUCUAUUUCUUACUUGAUUGUUGCAUCACACAACAACUUUGCGUAUUAGUUUGAAAAUAUACGUUUUGCUAGCAACUUUGUUGGUAGUAUUACCCAGGUUUUAAUUAAUUUCAUGUGGCUGUUUUACCUCUGUUUUAACAAAUAUUGUUCGCAUUGAGUCGAAUGUGUAUUUCUUUUUUACUUCCUGUAGCAUACACACUUGUAAUGAGCUUUGUUUGAGUUUGUUUGAGUUUGAUAUUUUUUUUAGAUCAUCUGAGCUGAAAGCUCGAGUGAGCUUUUCUGAUCUAUUUUUUGUCUGACUUUUGCAUUUGUGACUUCUUCUCAAGAACCACUCGGUCAGUUUAAAUCAAACCUGGCACGGUCAAUCCCUGUUUCCAGGAGAGAUGGUGAAGACUAUUUGAUUUGUUUGGUAUUUUUUAAAAAUCUUCUCAAUAUUCAAUUGGCCAGAAAACCUAAACCUUUUGUGUAAGCAUCAUCAGGUAGUAAAUUUCAUUUUUUGGAAUCAUGAACUCCGGGGGUAGGGUGGAGUCAAAAUUGAAAAUCAACGUUCUUCAUAGUAAUACGUGUAUAUAGAGAAAAGUCUUCUUUUAAAUAGCUAAUUGGCGUAAAAAGCUGUGACUGAUGUAAAAGCAUCAUCCUCGGGUAGUGUAAAUUCAAGUUUGUUUAAUUUAUGGGAGUAGAUUGGGACCACAAGGGGGGCGAGGAUUGUCAAUAUUGUUCAUAUGAAUGUAUAGAAAAAAUUCUAUAUAAAUCUUUUCGAAAAUCAAUUGGUCUGGAAAGCUUUAACUUGUGUGGAAACAUUCUCAGUUAGUGAAGAAGUUUUCUGUUUAAAUCAUGAUCUCCGGAUGUAGGAUGAAGUCACAAUGGGGAUGGGGGUCGAAAUUUAACAUAUAAAUAUAUUGAGAAUUUUUCUUAUUUUUUUUUUAAAGAAAACAAAUAGAAAAGCUGUCUCGUUAGUGAAAGCAUUCACAAAUUAUGCAGAUCCAAGGAUUGUGUAUAUUAAAGGUUCUCAAAAUCGUGAUCGUCUUGGGUAGAGUGGGACCACAAUGGAGGAGUUGGGGUCAUAUGUUUACAAAUAUAAACAAUUUAUUUUUUUUGUUUUAAAAAAACUAAAACGAAUGAUUAAAUACAUGGUAUUACUUAUAUGGAAGCAUCUUGACAUAUUGUUGAUACUUUAUUGCUUAGA